CCCCCCGGGCCACGUGACGCGCAGGCCGGAAGAGGAUGGCGGCGGCGGGCUGCGGCGCGAGGAGGUGGCGGCUCCCGCCGGGGCUGCCGCUGCUGCUGCUGCUGGUGGCCGGGGCGGCGCUGGGUCCUGGGCCGGCCGGCGGGGCUGCGUCGGAGCCGGGCCGGUGGAGGCGGACAGCCGGCGGGAACCAGGGAGAGAAGCUGUUUGUCUUCUCCAAGACGAUGUUUAAAGGGACUUGGAUUAUCCUCAAAUUUCCUAAUGAAGUCUGCAAAGACUGGGAUGGGCUCCUGAACGUGACCUGGUACCUCCGCAAUUCCCGCUGCCACCAUGAAAUUUAUAUAACUGAUAAUGAAGCUUUGACCUACUUGAGGAAUCCUGACAUUGAGGCCAGCAUCCCUGGAGAUGGCCAGUACAUCUGGAACUCCACCUUGGUUAAAUGCGGUCAGUUUCACAAGUUGAGUGUCCAGGAACUCCCACAUCCGAAAAAGUUGAAGCACCUGCCAAUUCAAAAGACUGCUGUGGGAAAGAGGGAGGCUCCCAAAGCAGCAGAAGACAAGGCAGACAAGAAGGAGAAGGGGUCCAGCCCCCCAAAUCCAGAAGCCCAGAAGCCCAGCGAGACCAAGGACGCAAAGCUGUCUCCCUCGGCCGAUGGGAAACCGACAGAAGACCCCAAGAAGAAAGUCAACGGGACCAAGAUAAAGUUAGAGCCUGUCACAGUUGCUGAAACUUGGAAGGAUGGCCCAUACGUCUUCAUCCUCAGCAUCACGAGCCCGUCGCCCAACUGGGACCUCUCAAUUGACGUUCACAUGAAACAUCCUGAAUACGUAUACAUCUCUGCCUCGGAGUGGCCUCUCAAGGUGUUCUACAUGGUGAUGUGCAUCGUCUAUGUGCUCUACGGUGUCUUGUGGCUGAGCCUGCUGGCCUGCUACUGGCGAGAUAUUCUGCGCAUCCAGUUCUGGAUCGGCGGCGUCAUCCUGCUGGGCAUGUUGGAGAAAGCCGUCUUCUACGCCGAAUUCCAGAGCAUCCAAAGCGAGGGAGAAUCAGUUCAAGGGGCCGUGAUUUUUGGGGAGGUCCUCUGCGCGGUGAAGCGGAUGCUAGCCCGGGUCCUCGUCAUUAUCGCCAGCCUGGGAUACGGCAUUGUCAAGCCGCGGCUGGGUGCCCUCCUGAACCGCGUGGUUGGCGUCGGGCUGAUGUACCUGGUCUUCUCCAUCAUCGAGGGCGUUUUGCGGGUGAAAUCCGAACAAGCUAACAUAGUCACCCUUUCCUGUGAGAUAUUUCUUGCUUUUGUGGACUCCUGUAUCGUCUGGUGGAUCCUGGUCAGCCUGGUGCAGACCAUGAAGCUGCUGAAGCUGCGAAGAAACCUGGUGAAGCUCUCUCUCUACCGCCAUUUCACCAACACCCUCAUCUUCGCCGUCAUAGCCUCCCUGAUCUUCAUCGUCUGGACCACGAAGACCUUCCAUCUCGCCACUUGCCAAUCCGACUGGCGGGAACUCUGGAUCGAUGAUGCUUUCUGGAGAUUCCUCUUUUCCAUCCUCCUGCUGGUGAUCAUGUUCCUGUGGAGACCCUCUGCCAAUAAUCAAAGAUACGCCUUCAUGCCGCUGGUGGACGAGGGCAGCGAGCAGGAGGAGGAGGGGGAAGACGAGCAGGUGGUCAAUGAAGUCUUCGGGAUGAAGAUGAGGGGGGGCAAGCCAGAGGUGAACGGGAUUUUGAAAGGCAACCGAGUGAUGCAGGAUGAAGACUUGAAAUGGGUUGAAGAAAACAUUCCCUCUUCCAUGGCUGAUGUCAUGUUGCCUCCGUUGCUGGACUCCGAUGAGGAGAUAGUGACCACAAAGUUUGAAAUGUCCAAGAUGGAAUAAAAUUGUCGUUGUGGCCAGUUGCUUCGGCCGCGUUCA